AUCGCCAUCCACCUCUCUCUGCUUUGCAUCAUACGUCGACAUGUCUUUUGGAAAAGUCAUCUCUUUAAGCAACAACAAGACCGUUCCUCAGAUCGGUCUCGGGACUUGGCUUUCCCAACCCAAUGAAGUUGAGAACGCCGUCGAAUGGGCGGUUAAGGCGGGCUAUCGUCACCUCGACUGUGCGAUGAUCUACGAGAAUCAGGAUGAGGUCGGGCGCGCGCUCAAGAAAGUGAUCCCCGCAAUUGUACAGAGAGAGGAUCUUUUCAUCACGAGCAAGGUCUGGAACAGCUCUCACCAGGCCGAUCAGGUCGAGCGAGAGCUCGACGAGACGCUGAAGCAGCUCGGCACACCCUACCUCGAUUUGUACCUCAUCCACUGGCCUGUUGCCUUCGUUCCUGGAAACGGCUUUUUCCCUCCUCACCCUACUAAGGCGGGCGAAGUUGCACUUGACACCGAGACAUCGCUUGUCACCACGUGGAAGGCUAUGAUCAAACUGCUUGACACCGGGAAAGUCAAGUCGAUCGGCGUGUCUAACUUCACGAUCGAGUAUAUCAAGGCCAUCGUUGACGCAACUGGCGUGAAGCCCACUGCCAACCAGAUUGAGGCGCAUCCGCUGCUUCCGCAGGACGAGCUAGUUGCAUACUGCAAGAAGGAGAACAUUCAUAUCACGGCGUACUCCCCCCUGGGAAACAAUUUGGUUGGCAAACCGAAGCUUACCGACUAUCCCGAGAUCCAGGAGAUCGCGAAGAAGAUCGGCGCGACUCCCGCUCAGGUUCUCGUUGCCUGGGGUGCGCACCGCGGAUACUCUGUUAUCCCAAAGAGCAUACAGCAGGAGCGUAUUAUCUCAAACUUUAAGCAAGUCGAGCUCUCCGAGGAGGACUACCAGAAGGUCUCCGCCGUCGGGCACAACAAUCACCACCGCUUCAACAUCCCGAUCAACUACACGCCCAAAUGGAGCAUUAACAUCUUCGGGGAGGUCGACGAGAAAGAGGCAGAGGCGACUGUCAAGACGGCAUAAUGGAAGUGUCCUGUUUUACUCAUCGGCCCUGAGUGAGCCUGGACAAAUUCGUAGAGUGGAGAUAGAGAAGAAGCAUAAGCACCUAUAAGCACCUGUAUUCCGUGUCGUUUUCCUUUGAUGACAUCCAAUAUGUAUUGGUAUAGAUGCCUCAAGGCUGCCGACUGGUUGAAAAUAUGCACCCACAACAGAAUGAUUCCAUUCUUGUCUCUUCCUGAC